CUCUUUAACUUACGUUAUGUGUUUCCAGGCCCACGGGGGAGUAGGGGAUACCUGGGUGAGCGUAUCCAUGCGUGGGACGGACAGCGUGGUCUGUCUUUUUUGUUGAACAUGGAGCUAAAGGGUGGAGAGCUGCUGGUGCCCAAGGCUGGACUCUACUACAUCUAUGCCCAAACAUACUUCAGACUGCCCUCUACUGGAGAGGCAGAAGACCACAAUGGGGAGGCCAGGAUGGAGGACGGGGCUGAACUGGUCCAGUAUAUCUACAAAAAGAUGAGCUCCUACACCGUACCCAUUCUCCUGAUGAAGUCCUCCAGGAGCGUGUGUUGGCCCAAGGGUCAGGAGCCCGGACUGUUCUCCCUCCACCAGGCUGGGACUGCUUUCCUCCAACCAGCGGACCGCCUCUUCAUCACCGUUAGCAACGCCAGCACGAUGGAGAUGGAUGGGAGGGCCAGCUAUUUUGGGGCAUUUCUUGUGGGAUAGAAUCAAAGAAAAACAAGCCUACAAAAAUAUGAAAAAGCUAGCUGGACCAAGAAGCCAGGAGUUUGCUGAUCCAAGAGUGGGAAUGCCCAAAGGAAAGACAUUUCGAAAUUAUGCCAAAAGGGAAAUACUCAACAAGGGUUCAAGUACCAUUAACAUGAUACAGAAGAGACCAGCUUCAAAUAUGGUAGAGAUGUUCCAAUGGGAAUUUUAUGAUCCAAGAAUGGAGAGAAAAAGAGCAAGAACAAGGGGAUGGUGACCGGUUAACAUGGACAUUUUAACCAAGCAGCAGAAGAAAGGUUUUGAAUUUCUGAAUGGAAGCAAAAAAGAAAGACUUGUGGGUGUGUUUUCAAGUACAAAGAAAACAUCACAUAACAUAAUAUUGACAUUUAUUGCAGGACAAUAGAUACUUAUUGAAUGUUAGUUGCCAUGUCAGUAUUGAGUUGGCUACACAUAACAACUUUAAGGUGUGCUGUGUAUCUUUUGUGUUUUUCAAGGCAAGAAAACACCUGAAAUUGAUUAAAAUGCAAGAUCGGUAAGUUUAAGUUCAUACUGUGGAACAUUACAAAAAGCUAGCCUCAUGGACACAAGCAGGACCACCAGGAAUGUUACAUAGUGCCCCUUUAAAAGACAUUUUGACUAAAUAUGCAAGUUUCGCUUUGUUGUGGAAAAUUAGGCAAUUCAUGAGAAACGGGUUUUAUACAAAAGAAUGUGAUUUUGUAUAGAUGUUGUACAGUGUUAAAUAUAAUAUAUAGUAAUUUGGAUAAAUACAAGUUUUUUUUUUGUUUUUACAUGACACAGUUGAUUUCUAAUAAAAAUCAUUGUUGCACUGGGAAAAAACAUAAUUCAUA